AUGAGUGCUAUACUAUCCGCAGACGACUUGAAUGAUUUCAUAUCACCAGGAGUUGCGUGUAUUAAACCAGUACAAGAUACAGCUCCUCACAAUCAAGAAGCAAGUGAAAAUGGAGAGGUUGAAAUUCAAAUUGAUUCACAAGGAAACCCUCUUGAAAUAUCUAAAAUUGAUGGAAAACAAACCAAUUUAUCACCAGCACAGAUUUCCCUAGCUGAUUGUUUAGCUUGUUCUGGAUGUAUAACGUCAGCAGAAGAAGUUUUGGUUGCCCAGCAUUCGCAUCACGAGCUAGUGAAGGCGUUAAAAUCACAGGAUAAGAUAUUCGUUGCCAGCAUAUCGCAACAACUGCGGGCUUCGUUGGCCACUGCAUAUGAUCUUCCAGUGGAGACAAUAGACAAACUUCUAAUAGACUUGCUAGUUAAUCGAAUGGGGUUCAAGUAUGUUGUGGGAACAUCGUUGGGAAGGAAAUUGUCAUUAAUCAAUGAGGCAAAAAACGUCAUUUCAAAUAAGGGUCAAGAUUCAAAACCAAUACUAUCGUCAAUAUGUCCAGGGUGGGUAUUAUAUGCUGAAAAGACUCAUCCAUACGUGCUACCCAUGAUAUCUACAGUAAAGUCUGCACAACAAAUCACUGGUUGUUUGUUAAAGACACUCACGGCUCAUGAUUUCCAAGUCCCGAAAUCUCAUGUUUACCACUUGUCGAUUAUGCCCUGCUUUGAUAAAAAGUUGGAAAGUGCAAGGCCAGAGAUAUUUGGCGACACGACGCCAGACGUCGAUUGCGUGUUGACGGCAAAGGAGUUAAUUGCGUUGCUUGAGGAAGAAAAUUAUCAGCUUGUUCCUAAGAUAAACCCACCAAUAACGAAUAAGCCACUUGAGGAGGUUUAUAAGUCAGUUGCACCAAGUAAUUGGCCAUUUGUGCAGUACUCCUGGACUAACGACCCUGGUUCUGCAUCAGGAGGGUAUGCAUUCAACUACUUGCGAUUAUUUCAAGAUGAUUUGAUGUUGAAGGGUUACUAUGAGAGUGAUUUCUCAAUGAAGGUAAUAAGGGGAAAGAAUUCAGACGUGUACGAAAUGAGACUAAUGCAUAAGGAUGAAAAAGUUGCAAGUGCGGCGAUUGUUAAUGGAUUUAGAAACAUACAAAAUUUAGUAAGGAAACUUAAACCAAACGGGAAAAUUAAUGGACGAGCCAACCCAUUGGUUGCCCGAAGAAGAGCUAGAAUGAAGGAUUCGGAAUCGACACAUGCAGCAGCUGAAGAAGUUGCUGACCCUUCUAAAGUUGAUUAUGUUGAAAUUAUGGCAUGUCCCAGUGGAUGCAUUAAUGGGGGUGGUCAGAUUAAACCACCAACGGAUGUUCCAGAAAAGGCAUGGAUAGAUGAGGUUUUGACAAUGUAUAAUACUGUGCCUACAUUUGACUUGUCUUUGCAUCCACAAGAAGUACAUUCAUUCAUAGAAUGGAGUAAUGCAUUUGAACAAGAAUUUGAUAUUAAUGAUGAAAGGCUAUAUAAGACGUACUUUAAUGAGGUUGAAAAGCCAACUGAUCCAACAGCUAUCCUAGUUGGGUCAAAGUGGUGA